AUGUCGGGUAGCGAUUCUGCGAUAUCUUUUGUGGACAGUGUGAAGAAUCCUUUGAGUACGGAUGUAAAUGUUGAGUAUCAGUUGUUCAAUCUGGUGUGGGUGGGGAUGGCAGCGGUUUUGGUGUGGUUGGUGGUGCCGGGUGUAGGCCUACUUUAUUCGGGGCUAUCGAGGAAGAAGCAUGCUUUGUCGCUGUUAUGGGCGUCGGUGAUGGCGGUUGCAGUAGUGUCUUUCCAGUGGUUCAUAUGGGGGUACUCGUUGGCUUUUUCCCAUACUACAAGAGGGAACGGAUUCAUUGGAACUCUAGAGUUUUUCGGGAUGAAGGGAGAUUUGAGUCGUCCCAGUUGGACGGCCACGGUGCCUGACGUUCUUUUUGCAUUCUAUCAGGGGAUGUUUGCCAUGGUCACAGGUAUUUUGAUGGUAGGUGGCGCGUGUGAACGGGCGCGGUUAUUGCCUAUGAUGGUGUUCUUGUUUUUAUGGGUAACCACUGUUUAUUGUCCUAUUGCUUGCUGGACUUGGAACGGUGAGGGAUGGUUGGCUAGGAUGGGGGCAUUAGACUAUGCCGGAGGCGGCCCAGUCCAUAUUAGUUCUGGUCAUGGUGCCUUGAUUUACGCUCUGGUUUUAGGUAGGCGGAAUGACCCGGUGACUAAAGAUAGUGUUCCGAAAUACAUGCCUCAUUCCAUAACCUCGGUUGUUUUAGGUACUGUCUUCCUAUGGUUUGGUUGGUUCGGUUUCAAUGGCGGUUCUGCCGGGAAUGCAUCCGUUAGGGCCUGGUACUCUUGUGUGUCUACCAAUCUAGCUGCAUCCUGUGGUGGACUGGCAUGGAUGUUCAUUGACUAUUUUAGAUACGGUAGAAAGUGGACAACGAUUGGACUAUGCAGCGGCGCGAUCUCUGGGUUGGUAGGGAUCACACCAGCGGCCGGAUUUGUUCCCAUCUGGGCGUCUGUAAUCAUUGGAGUUGUCACUGCUUCUGCUUGUAAUGUUGCGGUAGACAUAAAAAGAAUCCUGAAAAUCGAUGAUGGCCUAGAUGUAUAUGCACUACACGGUGUAGGUGGUGCUGUGGGGUCUGUGCUUACUGGGUUAUUUGCAGCUGACUACGUAAAUGCGUUGGGCGGCAGCUAUGUCACUACAAUCGAGGGCGGGUGGAUCAAUAAGCACUGGAAACAACUCGGUUACCAGUUGGCCGCUAUUUGCUCCACAGUCGCAUGGACCUGUUGUGUCACAACAAUUUUGCUGUUAAUUUUAGACAGGCUGCCCUUUUUACGGCUAAGGCUAAGAGCAGAAGAAGAAGAACAAGGCACGGAUUAUGCCCAAAUAGGAGAGUUUACUUAUGAGGAGAAUGAGAUGUAUAUCCCCGAACCUACGAGGUAUAAAGAUACAACAAGAAAGUCAUCAACAAAAGACGAUAGUGAUCAUCAACUCGAAAGUGGUAGCGACGAACACAUUGCAGCUGCUGCAAAAGAAGCUGCAGUCGCCUGA